ACCAUUGCUCUUCCGGAAUUCGAGUUGAAGACCUCACAGUCACAGCUCCCACCCCCCUUUUUUCCCUCUCAAUUUGCGAAAAACACAAAACCUAGCUACCACGAUACUCAAAUCCCCAAUUUCAGCCGACACUCCCUACAUCGGCGCUCCGCUUCCUCCUCCUCCGCCAUUUUCCGACACCAUUUUUGCUUUUGCCAUUUUCAAAUCUACCAUUUUCUGCUGCUGCUUUACCUGAUAUGAAGUUUCAAUGUCUGUUGGAAUUUUAUGCGUAGAGCGUAGGUGGAGGAUUCAGGCAUGACAGUGGUUGAUUUAUUAGGGUUGCACCGUUGUUUAAUUUAUUGGUUCAAGCUACACAGCUGAGUUUUCCAGCUCAGGAGAGUUUGGACAAACUAAAUAAUUGGGGAAAACAGGUUUUCAGGUACCAGGGUUCGGUUAAGGAGCUGAUUGCAGGGGAAUUGUAAAUGGGAAAUAAAAAUGAUACAAAUGCUAAAGAGAAGCAAGGGGUAGAAUUGUCAGAGAACGAUCUUGGAAGUCUUAAUCAACUAGAUAAGCCAGUGCAAAUGGACAAUGUGGUUUCAGAUGGUAUUUUCUCGAAGGGAGUGGAUGUUAGCUUAGGAGUUGAACAUGAGUUAGAAAAUCAAGGGGGAGGCGCUCAUGAAAGUGUGAAAAUUGAGCAAUCAGGAUUUAAAGGUAAGGCUGAUUCUGAAGCUGAACCAGACAAUGUAAAAGUUGAGCAGAAUGCAGAAAGUAAAGAAACUGCAAUUGGCUCAUCUCCGAUGGAAGGUGUCCAGAUUUCCCUGGUUGAACAAGUGGAAAAUUUGAAUGGUGAUAUGUUGAAGAAUAGUGGUAAAAUUGAGAAAAAUGAAGGUGAUGCCUGUAACACAGAGGUUGUUCCUAUUGCCCAACCCACACCACCCCCUGACAAAACAGGUGAGAAAGGGCUCGUUGUGGUAUUCGCAGUUCCAGCUCCUGAUGGUAGUGAGCCACCUAAACGAGGCCGAACACCUAAGGCUGCAGUAACUUCAAUGAAGAAAACCCCUCAACUAGUAUCAGGAGCUAGUAACAGAGUCUUGCGCACCAAGUCAGAAGAGAACUCGGAAGAUCCUGAACCAAGUGUUAAUCUGGAAACUACAAAGGGAAGCACAGGAAGAAGAGGGAGGAAAAAGGGGAAGGAAAAGGACGGAAAAAUUGAUGAUGAAUUCUUAAAAAUGCGAAAGCAUUUGAGAUACUUACUACACAGGAUUCAUUAUGAACAAAAUUUACUCGAUGCUUAUUCCAGUGAAGGGUGGAGGGGACAAAGCAUAGAGAAGUUAAGGCCGGAGAAGGAGCUUCAGCGUGCAAAAGCUGAUAUAAAUCGUUCCAAGUUGAAAAUUAGGGAUCUAUUUCAGCGACUUCAUUCAAUGUCUGCUGAAGGGAAAUUCCCAGAAACAUUAUAUGAUUCUGAAGGUCUCAUUGACAGUGAGGAUAUAUUCUGUGCCAAGUGCGGGGCGAAAGAUUUAACUACAGGCAAUGACAUUAUUCUCUGUGAUGGUAUCUGUGAACGUGGGUUCCACCAGUACUGUUUAAAUCCACCGUUGCUAACUGAACAAAUUCCACCUGGUGAUGAGGGUUGGCUAUGUCCAUCUUGUGAUUGCAAACAUGACUGUGUUGAUUUGCUUAAUGAUUCUCAAGGAACAAGGCUUGCAAUUGAGGACAGUUGGGAGAAAGUUUUUCCUGAAGCAGUAGCAGCAACUUCUGGCAAGGAGCUGGAUGAUGUUAUGGGACUCCCAUCAGAUGAUUCCGAGGAUAAUGAAUACAACCCAGAUGGGACAGAUGACGAUGCGAAUGUUGAAGGGAAUGAAUCAAGCUCUUCUGAGUCUGAUUCAGAUAAGUCUGACCCUUCAGAUGCCUCUUAUGUUUCAGAAGAUCUGGGGGCCACACCUGGGACUGACCAAAAUCUUGGGCUUCCUUCUGAUGAUUCCGAGGAUGAUGAUUUUGAUCCAGAUGCUGCAAACGUUAACGAAGAGGGGGAUGAACUUGAAAAAUCAAGUUCAGAUUUUACAUCUGCUUCUGAGAAUCUAGCUGAAGCAAUUGGUGAUGAUGGCACUUCAGACAUUGAUGUGCCACGUCUACCUUCGGAGCCGGAGCAAGACUUUGGUGAUUCUCCAGCUAUUACUAGUAAAAGAUGUUUGAAGAGAUUGGACUACAAGAAGCUCUACGAUGAAACGUAUGAAAAUGCUGAUUUGGAUGCAAGUGAUGAUGAUGAUGAAGAAUGGACAGAUAUGGUUGGAACAAGGAAAAGGAAAGGCACUGCUGAGAAAACUGUUUCAGUUUCAACAAGUUUGGGUGCCUCUGCUUCUGCUGAUAGUGACUGUAGCUCAGGUGCUCCUCGAAGAAGAAGUCGACCGAAGGCCAAUCCUCGAGUUGCAAAUGGGACACCGGCUCGGUUGCAGAAAAAAGGUUCUGGUGGCAGUAGUAAAAGGCGACCACCAUAUAACAGACUUGGAGAGGCAGUGACUCAGAGGCUCUAUGAAUCAUUUAAGGAAAAUCAGUAUCCUGAUCGUCAAACAAAAGAGAAGUUGGCAAAUGAACUUGGACUCACAGCUCAUCGGGUGGACAAAUGGUUUGGCAAUGCUCGUUGGAGCUUCAAUCACCGUCCAUCACGUGCAGAAGCAAGUAUGAGCCGAUCUGCAUCACAAAGCAGUACUCCACAACAUGUUGCUUGCAAUGGAGGCGGGAGUGCUUUGGCUGGUACUGAUGCUGCGGUCCCUGAGAGUGGCAGUGCGGAUACCAGAAUGGAACGUACACCUCGCAAGUCUGGGAAGAAGAAUACUGAAGGCGAUCAGUCAAUGCUAGAGACCUCAAAGACAGAGAACUCAAAAGAAGGUAUUCAAACUGACCUGUUUAAAACCCCAGAAGCUUCACAAGGAAAAAUGUCUAGGAAAAGAAGAAAAUCUGGUGCCUGAACUAAUUUGAACCCCCCCAAUUCUAAAAACUGAAACUUCAAUGAAUCUAAGUAGUCAUAUUUUAUGAAGAUUCACCAUAACUUAUGAACAAGACUCUUCAUUCUGGGCAUCUGGGAAAUUCUACUAGUGUAGGUUAUGCACAAGGGGUAUGUGUCAAGUAUGGUGAAGCUCGUCAUCUACCAAGGCAGUAUAUGUUUAAGUUACCUGUUCCUUCAGAUGGAUGAGAAUUUAGAGGCCAUGAUUGCAGAGUUUGAUUCUCGAAGCAGUUAGUUUAGGUUGAACCAACUUUGUAAUGCUGUAACUUCUGCAAAUAUUGACAUAUACGGAGAACUGAAGUUCUUGUAUUUGUUGUGUACUGAGCUUCUAGAGAAGAGUAGACACUGCAAUUUUGAUACGAGUCAUUUUUAUUUAUGGAGCUAAGUUCAUACAUUGUUCUGCAGCAAUUAUGCUGAUGCAGUGGUGUUUUUUCUUGUGAUUAUUCAAUGUGGUCAAAAUUGCCAACACUUUCAUCUUCUUGGCAGACAUUAUCAUAAUUUUCUUCGUAA